AUGUGGUUAUCUAAAGGAAUGGAUCUUAGGGCAGAGAACGAAAUUCCUCAGAAUGAGCACAGUCACUUAAUGAGCUUGAGAAUUGAAAUUAUCUUUGCUGUAGCCCAAGGACUGAGGGAAACAGAGUUGUCAGUCACUGCUGAAUUAGUGCCUACCUCAUCAUGGAACAUUUCGAGUGAACUGGACAAAGAUUCUUACCUGACCCUGGAUGAACCAAUGAAUAACAUCACCACAUCCCUGGGGCAGACGGCGGAGCUGCACUGCAAAGUCUCUGGCAACCCACUUCCCACUAUUCGCUGGUUCAAAAAUGAUGCUCCUGUGGUCCAGGAGCCCCGGAGAAUCUCCUUUCGGGCAACCAACUAUGGCUCUCGGCUGCGGAUUAGAAAUCUUGACACCACAGACACGGGCUAUUUCCAGUGCGUGGCAACAAAUGGCAAGAAGGUGGUUUCUACCACUGGAGUCUUGUUUGUCAAGUUUGGACCCCCUCCCACUGCAAGUCCAGGAUCCUCGUAA